CUCAAAAAACGUCCUUGGGCGGCCAUUUGCAAUAUAUCAAGUUUGUUUGGUUUGAUUGCACCUGUUGGCAAUGCAGCGUACGCUGUAGCAAAAUUCGGUUUGCGGGGUUUUAAUGAGGUGUUACGUCAAGAGUUGAUGCCAACCAAUGUGAAAGUGAUUUCCGUGCAUCCUGGAGGUAUUAAAACCAAUAUUGCUUUAAAUGCAGAGGCGGCGAGCAAUUAUACCGAACAACAACGAGUGAAACUAGCCACUGAGUUUGGUAAAGCUUUAGUGACCACCCCCGAAAAAGCAGCUAGCAUCAUUAUUGAAGGGAUUAAAGAGGGCAGGCCCAAGGUGAUUGUGGGGAUGGAUGCCAAAGUCAUUGAUUUUUUUGCCAGAUUGGCGCCAGUGACGACAUUAACGGUUCUGGGCAAGUUUGGCAACUAUGCGUGGGCACCUCAAGUGAAAACCUCCUUACAAGGCAAAGUGUUUGCGAUUACCGGAGCGGGUAACGGCUUGGGUCGUGCUCUUGCGCUGCAGUUAGCGGCAAAAGGGUGUCAAUUAGCCUUAAUGGAUCGUGAUGCAGAUGGACUACUGGCAACGCAUCAGAUGAUUGUGGCGCAGCAGCCUAAUGCGGUUGUUCUGACUGAUGCGUUUGAUAUGACUGAUGAGUCUAGCCAGCAGUUGUGGCUACAGAACAUAUUGCAAAAGUUUGGUUUUGUGGAUGCCUUAAUCAAUAACGCGGGAAUUGGGUUGUUUGGUCAGUUUGACGAUGUCAGUCGCGCUCAGUUUGAUAAAGUGAUUGCCAUUAAUUUAAUGGCUCCCAUCAACUUGACUCGAAUUUUUUUGCCUGAACUCAAAAAAAGACCUUGGGCAUUGGUAUGCAAUAUCUCGAGUUUAUAUGGGUUGAUUCCGCCAUUUGCCCAGUCGGCUUAUGCGGUUUCAAAAUUUGGAUUACGUGGUUUUACUGAAGUCUUGCGCCAAGAGUUAAUGCCAACAAAGGUUCGCGUAUGUUGCGUGCAUCCAGGUGGUGUUAAAACAGCCAUUGCAGGUAAAGCCGAAUUUGCUAGUAAAGUUGCCAAACAGGAUAUGCAGCAAAUGGUGCGUGAAUCAGACAAAAUGUUAUUGUCUACGCCUGAAAGUGCAGCUAAAGAGAUUAUUGCUGGAAUAGAAAGACAAAACCCACGUAUUAUUGUGGGCUUAGAUGCUAAAGCCAUGGAUUUUCUGUCGCGUUUAUUGCCCGUCACGAUGUUGACGUUG